CUCUUCACAACAAAAAACAUCAUUUUAAAAGAUUACCCUAGCAACUCCUCAUCAAAGCUUUACUUUCGUCGCAAGUUCAACCAUGGCUUUCCCCAAGAUUUUCUUCCUUCUGUUUUCGGUGGCGGUGCUAUCACUUUCAAGCGUCCAUAUGAGCCAAGCAGCUCGCCGCCUUUUGGACACGCCAGCAGCUCCACCGCCAGCAUUACCCAUCCCUACCAUCCCAUCUCUGCCGAAGACCACAUUGCCGCCAUUGCCUUCAGUACCAACUCUUCCCAAGACCACAUUGCCUCCGUUGCCUUCAUUGCCAACACAGCCCAAGACCACAUUGCCUCCAUUGCCUUCAUUGCCAAUACAGCCCAAGGCCACCUUGCCAUCCCUGCCCUCUAACCCAUUGCCUACUCUUCCAACUGCUCUUCCUCCAAUGCCAAGCUCUCAAAUUCCAUCUUUGCCAAAAUCAGCAAUGCCCACUCUUCCCACAACACUACCUCCAUUGCCAGCCAACCCACUGCCAUCAUUUCCCACAACAAUCCCUUCAAUCCCAACUAUUCCAUCAACUAUUCCAAGCAUUCCAUUCCUCUCCCCACCUCCAUCAAACUAAACCACCGGAGAUGAUCACAUAUAUAACCGCCAUGGUUCUCCUUGCUUACUACACUACUACUAUCUGAUAUCUUGGAUGUGCUGUACGGUGGCUGAUUAAUUACUCUAUGUUAUUGUUCUGGAGAGCUUGUGCGGAUGUUUAAUUUUCAUGAUUCCCUUUUUAUUUUUCUUUUUCUUUUUCUUUUGCUUUUUCUUUUUAGUUUUUGGGUUUUAUAUGUUCUGGAUAUGUAUAUUGUUGUGUUUGUGAUUGUGUUUUCUUGAUUAUACUUUAAUAAAACAUUUAUUGAAUUAAUCUUA